AUGACGACGACGGGAGGAAGCACCACCGUGAGACCAUCAACAGCGGCCCCGGAUAUUUUAGCGGCGGCGGAAGCGGCUGGAGUGUACGACAAAAACGUUAAAGAUUAUGAUGACGAUGGGGAAAAAAAAGAAGGGGAAGACGACGAAGAAGAAGAAGAAUCGGACGGGUACGAAUUCGGCGACGAGGAGACGGCGAUGGCGAAGAAAUUAUUGGCGAAAGAUGAACAGAGAAGGAAUGGAGGUGGGGAUUCGUCGUCGAGUUCGGAGUGGUCGAGUUCAGAGGACGACGACGACGCGGAAAUCUUAGACGCCGCAGAGCUUCCAAAUUGGUUGAAAGAUAUUAAAGAAACUGGACGAGAGAGAGAAAAAGCCGACGAGGAAGACGUGGACGCGACGAAUAUUUCGCCGCCGAGGACCAAAAAUGAAAUCGUAAACCACGUUCCGGAGAUGCCGGACGUGCCUGAGAUUGGUGCCGAGGAAGAGAUUGAACUCGUGGGUCAGAUAGUUUCCGUCGUCGGCGACGUGUGCGUCGUCGCGAGCGAAAAGGAAGACCAGGCGCCUCUGGACGAAACCACGCCGUUGUGUUCGGAAGAGAGAUUUGGAUUGGGUUUUGUCGAGGAGGUGUUUGGACCAAUCACGAAACCGAUGUAUACCAUGCGGUACGAUAAGAAGAAGUGUAAGAGCGCGAACGCGCCGGAAAAGAUGACGGUAGGCGUGAAGAUAUUUUGCGUGCGAUCGAUGAAAAAGACGCUGAUGCCAGAAAAGUUGUAUUCGAAAGGGUACGACAACAGCGGGGCGAACGACGAGGAGAUUGAUGACGACGGCGAGUUUAGCGACGACGAGGCAGAAGCGGAAGCGAAGAGGAAGAAGAAUCCGAAACAGAGGAAAAGAAAGGAGAAAGAGGGUGGCGGAGGAGUUUCGGCGUCGAAACUUUGGGAGGGGUUUGUGCCGAAACAUCAACUUCCCGGACACCAGCACCAGCAACCGAUUCAACCUCCGAUUGGACAGAUGGCGUUUAUGGGUGGGAUGAACGUAGGUGCGCCAGCACCAGGAAUGAUGAUGAUGAUGCAACAACCACAAAUACCCCCGCAAAUGGUAGUUUCGCAGCAAUCCGGUGUCUUGCGAGUUCCGGUGCCCGGCGUCGACUUUAUUCCUCCGCCCGGCGAUUCAGUCAACGCACCUCCACCGCCCCCACCGCCGAAGUAA